CUAACGUCCAGGCUCCCCUCAGGCCCUCCUCCUCACCCCCGUCGGUUGUCGUAGUUUCGUUGUCGUGAUUUGUCGUUAAGUGUCUGUCGUUGAAGGCCAAUGAAGGGCGAAAAAGGAGCCGAGCCACAGCAGGUAUGGACGACCUCACGACGCCACUGGGCGGCUGCCGUGGCAUGCAUGCUAUGCAGCUGGGCUGCCACUGGUGGAUGGAGAGAGAACGGUCGUGUUGAUCAUAGCUAAAUUCUGUGGAUUUUGGUGUUGGUGGGUGCAGAUGGUGAUGCAGCCCCAGGCGUAUGGACAGCCCCAGGUCAUGCAGCCUGUCGCACAGAUGCAGAUGCAACCUGGUAGGCUUCAUUGUACACACACACACAGAGGCCCCGGGCCGAAUAACGCGUCCGUCUCUGUCGAACGAAACGUCUUCGCUCCUUCUGGACGGCUGCAGGCAUGAUGGUGAUUAACACGGACCCGUGGGCCAUCCUGAGCGGUCAGCUGAGAGCCAAUCUGAUGAUACCAUUGCGCGUGCAUUGUCCAUGUGUGUGUGGGGGCGGAUGGCUGGGAUACACCAGGCAUGACGGGUGCUGAGAUCAAGGAGCGCGUUCGCAUGGCUGAGGCCAUCCUCGGCUGGGAGCAAAACAAUAUGUACGCUGUACAGCCACCCAGCCAGGCCAGGGAGGGGUCACUGCACGACCCCGGCGCUUCUGAACUCUCUGAUAUGCGCUAUGUGUGUCCGUGUGUCAUGUCAGCUAUGAUAUCAAGGACCAGAAUGGGAACCCCGCGUUCAUCGCUAAGGAGGACACGGACACCUGCACCCGGCUCAUCGGCAUGUGCUGCCCUGUGUAAGACAUACGCACACUUCUCAACACACACAGGGUCGCACUAUGACCACACGAGAGAGAGACACGGAGAGAGAGAUGCCAUAUAUGUCCUUAUAUGUGGUCUCAAUUGACUUGUUUCCGUCCAGUCAGGACUGCCGCAUGUUCAAGUUGGACAUCUCCGUGCCGCCCAGUCAGCACACACACACACACACACACAUGGCCAAGGGUGCAGGUGCACACCCUCCCUUUAUCCCGGCUUGUUCUUUCUGUGCUCUUUCUGUCUGUCCCCCCAACCCCCCCGCAGUGCCUGGCGCGUCGCCCCCUCCCUUCCUGCAUCUGGACCGGCCCUGGACGUGCACAUGCUACUGCUUCAAUAGGUGAGGACACGCGUGAAUGAAUACUCAAGACGUUGUCAUCGCAGGCAGGAAGUUCACUGCGGGCAUGUUAUGUUUUGAGUGCAGACCGAAGGUCACGGUCACGGAUCUGACGGCUGGAGGUCCGUCUGUCUGUCGCGACGACCGACCGAUGCACACAUAUGUUGCCUGGCUGAUGGCUCAAGGCUGAAGGCGGUGGGAUGUGUCUGUGUCUGUAUGUUGUCAGGUGAGGUCAUCGGUACCAUGAGGGACCCCUGGUGCGCGAGAAGAUUUCACAGACAGACAGACAAGGACAAUGCGUGUGUCUUCUCUCUGAGCCACACAUGCCUUCGUUCUGUUUAUAUCCUGCAGGCACUGCUGCAACUACAACAUGCGCAUGGCGGACCCUGAGGCAUAACCACACGCACACACAGAGACAGAGACAGAGACAUGUGUGUGUGUGUGCAUAUCUGUGCAGGGCAAGGAUGUGUUGAACGUUGAGGCGUCGUGCUGCCAGUGCGGCUUCUGGUGCCCACUGCCAUGCGGUCAGCGAACCCACACGUCCACACACGUGUGGUGCAGACCCUCUUUGCCAAAUAUGGGCAUCAAUGUGUGUGUGUGUGUGUGUGUGUGGUCAGGCCCGUGCAAGGAGGUCCAGUUCGAGAUCACCGACGUUGAGAGCAAACAGAAAGUCGGACACUUCAAGCGCGUAAGACAGACUCUCUCAUGCACAGAGACCACAUGCCCAUUGUAUAUGUAUGUGUGUGUGUGUGCGUGCCCUCUGUCCUUCCAUCUACAUGAUCAUCCGUCAAUCAGAUCGUCCCGUGCAACCUGCUCAAGUUCCUCUUCACCGACGUGGACAACUACCAGUCAGCUCACACUCCUCACCCCUCCCCCCCCAGACACAGACACACACAGAUGGAGAGAGAGACACAUGGGCGGGUGGACUGUGUGCGUGUGUUCAGGGUGGAGUUUGGCGGCAUCACGGACCCCAAGUGGAAGUCCCUCCUCCUCGCGGCGGCGGUUUUCGCCGACUUCCGAUACUUUUCCACUAACAGUACGCACUGCUUCAUCGCCACCCCCCCCCCCCGGCACACACACAAAUGGAUUGCACAGAUGCACGCCUUUUUGCCUCUGUAUGUGUGUGUGUGUGUGUGGUGGUCACUGCUUGGCUGGCUGGCUGCAGAGAACGAGAACAGCGCCCUCGGGACGAUCUCCUGAAGAACCAACUCCUGAUAAACAUACAUACACACAACCAUAGCAUAGCAUAGCAAUGACACAACACCCAGACACACACAGACACACACACACACACACAGAGAAUGGCAUUACCCUGAUUGAUAGCAGCGCCCGUACACAGACUACACAUUCAUGUGUGUAUGCCUGCGUGCAUGGGAUGAUUUGAUUUGAUUUUUCGUUUGUUCGUUGGUGCCAUCUCUGAUGGCAUGGUGUGGUGUGGUGUGGUGUGUCCGUCGGUGCUCACGGUAUGGCUGACGUGGCAUGGCAUGGUCUGUGUGUUUGGCAGAGCGAAUGGAUGCGUGUGUGUGUGUGUGCACACUUCGGUUGACGGAUGGAUGGAUGGAUGGAUGUGCGCGAUUGGUG